UGCUUUUAUCAUUCUUGAAUCGAUCGUAUUGGCUAUUUUGAUAAAUUUAACGCUAAUAAUAUGAUCUUUUUACUGGAUCUGAUGCUUUUAUCAAAGUGUUAUCAAAUAUUAGUCAACUAAAUAAUUAUCUAUAUAUUAAGUGUAGUGAAGACAUUGUUUAAAAUUAGUGGGAUCGUGAAAAAGGUGUAAAAAAAAUAUUUCUGUAACCUUUGGCUAAAUAUGAACGAAGAGACUUCCUUUAAACUAUGGGUGAUAAAAUUUUGCAUCAAAAUUAUUUAUCCAAAGUUAAAUCCAUACACUUUCCUCGUUUACCUAGCAAUUAAAUCGAAUUACUAUUUUCACAAAAGUGCCUUUCCACACAACAGCAUGAAUAAAUUUACAAUGAAGACAGUACCACAUUAUAUACUCAAGUUCAUUUUAAAGGAGCAUCAAAAUGAAGACAUAUUAAAUGUUAGUCUACACAAGUGUAUAUUCAUUUCUCAAGCUAAUUUUAUACAGUUAUGUGUUGAGAACAUAUUUUAUAGAGACAAUGGGCUCUUGUGGGUCGCAUUAAAAUUAACUCCAGAAGAGAAAGAACAGUAUGAAGAAAAGGGUAUGAGAGAAAACUCAAAACCACUUUUAAAAUAUAAUCUGAAUUUCAAAACUUCAGAAAUACACAAUAAGUUAUGGACUGAUGGUGUAAUAAAUAAUUGUGCAAACUAUAGAGUAGUUCCCAUCACUUGCUCACCAUUUGUACAUGAUAAUACUGCGUUAGUAAGUGAAAAUGAAUUUUAUAACAUAUCUAUGGGUAUAAAUAAUUCAGAUAAUGUAGGAAUUUCCCUACAUCCAAUUCCUGCAUUUGAAUGUUCUCCUAAAAUAGCAUCUGCCGCAGAAGUGUGCCUUAUUGUGAAUGAUUUUGAUCUAUCAAAUGACUUUAUUAAGGAAAUUCUAAGCAAUCAUUUUGAAGAACCAAGAUUAGUAAGUGAAAAUGACUUAAUCACUAUAGAGUUAAAUCCAAUAAUAAUGGCAAAGUAUCAUUAUAAAUAUUUGGAUUUAGUUGAAACAUUAGGAAUGUUACAUUUCAAAUGUGCAAAGAUAAAUAGUGACAUAGACACAACAAAUGCUCAAACUAAGAAGACCAUUGACAAUGUUGUAAAAGCUUUUUAUAUAGUGAAAGGAGUUACCCAAUUAACUUUGGGAGAAAACAUACACUCUAUGAAACCAAAAUAUAAAUAUUUUAAGCCACAAAAUACUGAUAAUCAAUUAAAUUUGAUACAUUCAUGUCCUACUGGUCUGAGACGGAAGUUUGACCAAAUACAAGAAGCAGUACAUCCAUUUUUAACAGGAGAAAUAAAUGAAUUGUCAUCAACUCUAUCCAGCCCUAUAAUUCCUAUGUUCCUAGUAACUGGGUGUAUCGGCUCUGGCAGGCAUUUAAUUGUAAAAACAUUAGCAAAAUAUAAUGGUAUGAAUUGUUUGCAAGCGGACUGCAAUGGUCUACAAAGCUCAACAGCAAAGCAGACGGAAAGUAAAAUCAGCCAAACUAUACAAAAAGCUAAGGCGGCAGCUCCUGCUAUUGUCCUACUAGAUAAUUUUGAGGUGUUUGCAGUUGAUCCAGAAAAUAAUGAAGACCAUAGAGUAAUGGAAUAUUUUAUGAAUUCAAUAACUGAUUUGUACGAAAAUUAUACAAAACAUCCGAUCAUUUUUAUAGCGAUCACCGAAAAGGUUGAUUUGAAGCCAAAUAUAAUGAGAAUGUUUCUCGAUAAAUUUCACUUGCCGAAAUUAAAUGUUGAACAACGAUAUGAAAUGUUGCAAUGGUUUGCUGCUGCUAUGCAACUUAAAAUCAGUGAAAAAGAUGCACAGACUAAAUCAAACCAUAGUGUAAAUAUAGAAUUGUCAAAUUCAAGUCUAAGCAAACAUUCAAAAGAAAUCCUACAAAGAGUGGCUUCUAAAACUGAAACAUUUGUCUAUGGUGAUUUAGAUACUUUAGUACAUUUUGCUCUCAGAGAAUCAUACAUAAAACAACAUAACCAUAGUCAAUUGGUACAAGAUCCUAAUCUACAGGAAUUAAGAGAAGAGGAUUUUAAUUCAGCACUGGAACAAAUCAGAAGUCUACAAAGCCAGCAUUUAGAUGCGCCCAAAAUACCUAAAGUUUUUUGGGACGAUAUUGGUGGUUUGGAGAAACUUAAAAAGGAAUUAUUAAAAACUAUAGAAUUCCCAAUAAAAUUUCCACAUUUGUUUAAAAAUUCUUCUUUAAAGCGAUCAGGUAUAUUAUUAUAUGGGCCGCCGGGUUGUGGUAAAACUUUAAUAGCUAAAGCAGUCAGCACUGAACUUAACGUCAGCUUCCUGAGUGUUAAAGGACCUGAGUUACUGAACAUGUAUAUUGGACAAUCCGAAGAGAAUGUUAGAAAAGUGUUUGAAUCUGCGCGUGCGUCGUCUCCGUGUAUCGUGUUCCUGGACGAGCUGGACGCGCUGGCCCCGCGGCGCGGCGCGGCGGGCGACGCGGGCGGCGCCAGCGACCGCGUCGUCAGCCAACUGCUCGCUGAACUGGACGGCGUCACUAAUGGAGAAGAUGCGGAAACAUCGAGCUUCGUUUUUAUAAUGGGAGCGACAAACCGUCCGGAUUUAUUGGAGCAAUCUCUACUGCGGCCUGGACGUUUAGACAAGCUGAUAUACGUCGGCCCUUACUCCGGCACGCAGGAGAAGACAUCGGUGCUGACUGCUUUGUGUAGAAGCUACAAGUUGCGCGGGGAGGUGAAGCUGAGUUCUGUGGCGGAGGCGCUGCCGGAGCGCUGCUCGGGCGCAGACCUCAUGCAGGUGGUGAGCAGCGCGCGCGACGCCGCCGUGCGCGCCCUCGUCAACAAGAUUAAUACAGGAUUAGUGAAAGAAACGGAUUUAAGUCCUGACUCUAUAAUUCUUGGAGUUUCCGAACUGUGGCAAGGUGUGGAGUCAUUCCGUCCGUCGGUGACCGAAGAGGAACUGGCCUAUUAUGAAUCACUACAAUACCAUCUGUAAUAGAAGUAGACAUGCCCAUUCCAUUUCCCCAUUUACUAUUAUUAAAAAAAACAGUUGAAUAUAAAGUCUAUUAAAUUACAAAAUUGUGCGUAUUU